AAAACGGCUGAUUCUAAAAAUAGAUGUAAAAGCUUACUAACUUCCCCCCAUUCCCCGUCACUAUUUCUAGCGAGCGUCGUCUUGUACGAGUCGAGCUGACGGACUAAUUCCAAUGUCUGGCCGCCAUACUGCUGUGUAGAGGAAGAUAUUUCACUAUCGAAGUUGUUUGUUUCUCUCUCUUCAUUAUGGUUGUUCAUUUUUGUGCAUUUCGAUUUUAUAUAAAUCGUGAAUACAUUCUUUGACGGACAGCACUAUGCAUUUAUCUGUUUGCUUUGUGGUAGUGCAGAAAUAUUAUUCUGGCGUUUUGGAGACGACUGCUACAACAACUCCUGCUGGACGUCAUAUUACUAUUUGGACGGAUCUGUGAAAAAAUAUCUUUUGUUUUUGUUUGUAAUUACUUGUGUUCUUUACAGCGAAAGGAAACUCAUAACUGAUUGGGAAAGUAUCUGGAAAACAAUUCCGUUUUUUUUUUAUAACUUCUUUUCAUUUAAAGAGACACAAAAAAAAAAAAGGUCGUGAGAGAAAAAGAGAAAAAAAAUCAUUUCCACUCAGUGAAAAAAGUGCUAUGCAUAACGGAUUUUUGUCGGAUCCAUUUCUGAGCGAGAAGGAUGUGGCUUUAUUUUGAAUAUUCCUACAAUGUUUGCUGCUGCUGUCGUUAUUACAAUCACAGCAAUAAUUCCAUUGGAAAAAAGGGAAAAGCUGGGAGCAUUGCAAUUUCUUUGAAGGACUCUUCUCGCACGAACUGUGGCUAACCUUAGCUUUUAUUGUUCUUAGUUCUUUUUUUUUUUUGUCUGUCUGUCUGUGUAUGUAUGUGUGUGUGAUUGUUGUUGUUGUGCAAGGGAAAAGUGUGAAUUUUUGCUGAUUUUUUUUCUAGUCUGAAAAAAAGAUAAAAAAAAAAUUACACAAAAAAAAACAAAAAACCAUUCGUAAUCUACAUCUUUUUACACACUGGUGAUAAACAUGUGUAUUGAAGAAAGAUGUUUGAUUACUACUGUGCCUCUGUUCUCAAUACUGUAAGCAAUUGGCCUUUACUAAUGGAAAUACAUGUUUUCUUUGAGAUUCAUUAAGGUUAAAGCUAAUUCUUAAGGGCUUUCUUUUUGUUCUCUCUCUAUUCCUUCUCUCUCUUCUCUCUCUCUCUCUCUCUCUCUCUCUCUGUUCUUUCUCUAAUUAUACGGCUAUAUAUCUCCAUUAGCAAUAUAGUUAUAUAUUUAUACAUAUAUUAGUCUUCCCUGUUUAGUUGUAAACAUGCAUAAAAGUAAAGCCGCUGUCAACGGCGAAAUUCGAGAGUCAAUUAGCCCCACAGAUAGGACUGUAAAACAAUCAACACAUCCAAGGACACCAUCUAAAUUUAGUCGAAGGACAACUGAAAUGGGCCCUAAAUUUUCCCACCGGAAGUUAUCCGAAAGAGUUAGUAGACACCCAGCCGAUCAAAACAUCCAUAACAACACAGGCGGUAGCACGUCGACACGUUUCAAAGUUGGCUUCAGGGAUAAGAAACAAGAUAGUGCUAAGAGUGAAAGUAGACCUGUAUCGAAAAAGACUCUAUUUUGGAAACGUUUAUCUCACCCUCUAGAACGGGAAGUUAGAGACCUGAGCGGAAACAGGGAUAGAUCUAGGAGUCUGCCAGACUGUACGUUAGACUCCGAACCUCCUCUCAACGGCAAAGAGAAGGCUGUUGAUAAACCUAAAAUUAGAACUAGUAGCUUAAUAGAUUUUAGACAUUCUAAGAGUGUAAGUAGUGCUGAUGAAAACAAAAGCGAAAAGGCUGAAGUGAAAAAAGUUGAAGUGGUUAGUAGUGGUGAACAAUUGGCCGUACGUAAGCCAUCGGGUCUGAUGAAAUCCAAAAAAUGUUCAUUGACCUUUGAAGAUGUGGAUAAGAAGCCAGUCGUCCAAAACUCUGAGAGUAGUAGUAGAUACGCUCCCUACCUAACUGAAAUGUCUCUAGAUAGUGGAUUCGCAUCGGAGAAAGGUAAGAGCAAAGAACAGUCUAUAAGUGACGUGGGUAUCGAUGACGAGAGAAAAGAACUGGAUAGUGAAAAAAUCGCAGCUGAACUUCGAAAAGAAGACGAAUCUGAAAAUCUCAAGAAGGAGAAAGAAAUUGAAGACCGAGCCGUCUCGACAUCCAUAUGCGGGAGAUUCCUUAAAUUUGAUGUUGAAAUAGGGCGUGGAUCUUUUGAUAAAAAAUGGAAUAAAAGUGAAAAACAACGUUUCCGAGAAGAAGCAGAAAUGUUAAAAGACCUACAACAUCCAAAUAUUGUACGGUUUUAUGAUUCAUGGGAAGAAACCAAUACCCGAGGUCGAAAAAUAAUUAUUCUAGUAACUGAACUGAUGACUUCUGGGACACUGAAAACAUACAUCAAAAGGUUUAAAAAAAUAAACAUCAAAGUAUUAAAGAACUGGUGUCGACAAAUUCUUAAAGGACUUCUGUUUCUUCAUACUAGAACACCUCCUGUGAUUCACCGUGAUCUUAAAUGUGAUAACAUAUUCAUAACAGGAACAACUGGAUCUGUGAAAAUAGGAGAUUUAGGAUUAGCCACAUUGAAAAAUAAGUCCUUUGCUAAGAGUGUUAUAGGUACACCUGAGUUCAUGGCGCCCGAGAUGUAUGAAGAGCACUAUGACGAAUCCGUGGAUGUGUACGCGUUUGGAAUGUGCAUGCUAGAGAUGGCCACGUCAGAAUACCCUUACAAAGAAUGUUCGAAUGCUGCGCAGAUCUACAAGAGAGUCACCAGUGGGAUUAGACCAGAGGCUAUAGAAAAGGUAGAAAAUGAAGAGAUCAAGGAAAUUAUUGAACGUUCAAUACAAACAAAAAAAGAUGAUAGAUAUAUGGUAAAAGAAUUAUUGCAGCUGAACUUCUUCUUAGAAGACACUGGUUUGAAAGUAGAGCUGGUUUCAUGGCAUGAUGAAAAUGAUGUGGACAAAAGCCAAAUUAUUCAACUCCGCUUAAGAGUGGUGGACCCCAAGAAGCGAAAAGAUAAACAUAAAGAAAAUGAAGCUAUCCAGUUUGGCUUUGAUUUAAAGAAAGAUAGUCCUGAAGAUGUAGCAAGAGAAAUGGUGAAAUCAGGAUUUUUACAAGAGGAAGAAAUUAGAAUAGUAGGUAAACAAAUUCGAGAACGAAUUUCUCAAGCUCGGCGUGAUAAUGAACGCAAGGCUGCUGAAGCCCAACAGAAGGCAUCAGAUGUUCCAAGCGGCCAAGAUGGACAACCAUCAACUUCUACAUCCCAAACUCCAAAUGUUCAGACCUCUCAAACACAAUUACCUCUACAACCACAACAGAUGGCCACACCUCAUCAGUCACAGGGUCUGCCAACAUCGCAACCACCGUCUACUUCACAACAACCUCAGCAACCUACUGCUGCUACAACAACAACAGCUACUUCUACUACUACGUGUACUACUACUACCACCACUACCACCGCCACUACUACUACUGGGACCACAGAGGGACAUCAAGGUAACUUAGGCUCCCAGGCAGAACAUCCCACGGCUGUGAAUGAAUCUUCACAUCAGCUUACUGAACCUAUUGGACUAGCUCCUUCUCAUAAGACAGGACUUCCUUCUGGUCAUGUGCAAUUACCAUCAGUUACAUCAUUCAAUCCAUACCACAUUCAAGCUGCUACACAAUUCCAGCAGUUGGUUCAGGCAUCAAUGUAUCAGAGCUCGGCACAUAGGAGGUCACAUGUAAAAAGGUCCGGUGAAGCCAGGCGUUCGGACUCACACAGAAGUCCACGUAUUAGCAGGUUACAGGCCAAGGCUGCUAAUUUAUCUGGAUUAGAUAUAAUUGCUGCUCAACAAUAUCAGCAACAAAUGCUCCAGCAAAUAGUUGCUGGUAGUUAUUCUGCUCCUGAGCCUCCAUUAGCAUACCCAACCUCAUCUGGUAUCCUUGAUGAAUUUGGGCGUGAAAGUGAAAGUGAUGGUUCUGCAGCACCUGCGAUGGAAAAAUCUAGAAGAAAAUCUCGUGUAAAACGUCGAGAGAAAAAGGGUUUAAAACUCACUAUUCUUGGAGUAGACCUAGCUGGACAAGAAGUUGAAUGUAAAUUAGAUAUUGCCAAUAAAAAUACAGUUACAUACAAGUUUACUCUUGAAAAUGAUAAACCUGAAGAAAUUGCUGAUAAUUUGGUCGCUGAAGAUCUUUUGCCUGAAGCUCAAGUGAACAGCUUUAUUGAACUGAUGGAAGGAGCAAUCAAAGAAGUGAAGAAUGACCCUAUGAAUGCUGUUACUUUUUGUAUCAGUGCUGCUAAUACUCCAACUUCAAGUCCAUGUGUUUCAAGAAAAUCUAGGCAUUCUGCUGAAAUGGAUUCUUCAAAGAAACUUCACUUUGACCAAUCUGAUGAGCAGAAGAGUUCGGAUGGAGGAGAUAAAGAACCAAAGAAGUCUCAUUCACAUGAUCAGCAAGAAUCUAUCGUUGAAACCAAAAAGAAGAGGUUUGUUGUAAGUAAAGUUCCUGAAUUCCAUCCAUUAGAGAAAAGACCAACAGAAGAUGAUGAUGAUGGUAAAUCAACAACCGGAAAUGCCUCUAUUGAAAAUCAAGAGACUGAAUAUCCUGAGGUAUCUGGACCUGCAAAGACUAUGGUAUCUGAAUCUGACGCCUAUCAAGAAUUUGAAAGGCUGUCAAGGUCCCAUUCCUUACCUUCUAAUGUACCUAUGGAUUUAAAUGAUCUGCAAGAAAAACUUUCGCAACUGACUGCUUCCCAAAAAGCUAGUAAUGGUACAUUGUCUACUUCUGGUGCAACACCAAAUUCUAUGGCUACUGAGGGACACUUGAAUAUCUUCUUACAAAACACACCAAUGACCACUACACCAAUGUCUGAUGUAAGCAGCCUCUCAGGGUUGGAUAAUGUUCAAAGCAAGCAAGAUCAAUUAACACCUGAUCAACAACAUCAACAGUUACUGGGUAUGCUUACAUCACAGCAACAACAACAUGCUCAAAACUCUCUGCAGUCAAAUUCUCUUCUGACUACGAAAACUCUUCCACAACAGGUCCAUCAACAAAUGUUAUCUAACCUACAGUCUCAAGAUCAAAAUCCAGUUUCUCACAUUCCCCAGACACCAGCAACUUCUGGAAGUUAUACUGCUGUUGAUUCGAAUCUCCAGUACACAACACAUACACAGUUACCACAGUCUGCAUAUCCACAACACAUUCCUCCCAAUCAGCAACAGUUUCUAUUGCAACAACAACAGCAGCAACAAUUGCUUCAGUAUCAGUACCAGAGCCUUAUUCUUCCUUGCCUCUAUGCUGCUGAUCCUUUUAUGCAUUUACGUAUGCAGUUGUAUCAGGUCUAUAAAACAAUGGAGCAAGUACAGUUACAACAAGGCAAUUUAUUACCACAUUUAUUUCCACCAAUGUAUCCAUUCCCUCAAACAAAUUUCUCCAAUGUGCCACCUUCUGAAAUGUCUUCAAGUGUCACUCAGCCAUCACCUCCUCAGUCUCCCUCUCAGAUUCACUCAGAAGGAGAAUCAGCCCAAUACCAUAAACAUAGUCAUAUGUCAGAACAAGAACAAUAUGAAACUCCCACUGAUCUUGCCAACCUUGAACAGGCUCUGAUUGAAAAAUUGCACAUACAUAAAAAAGAUCCAAAUCUGUUAGGCUCAUAUCAGGCAACAUCUUCAACAUCUUCCAUGACUACUGGAACUGGUGGCUCUGAAUAUGACUAUCAGCAAUCUUUGUCUGUUGAAUAUAAAGAUGAUGCAGUUGACCCUGUAGCAUCAGAAGUGGGCUUUAAUGAAGAUACUGUUUCUACAGAAGAUACUCUAAUUCCAGAAUCAGACUCACUCACACCUCAACCAGCAAGUGAUCCUCAGCAUCAAAUUAAUGGGAUGAAUGAAGAAAAUAUUGCUUAUAGAAGAUCUAGGUUUGUAGUCAGUACUGUGAAGGAAGAGCCAGUGAUAACACCAAAUGCUUCAGAAGACAGCAGUCCUGCUCUGAUGGAAUCACCCCAAGCACUUCUAGAUGAAACUAAAGAUGAUGUGAUUUCUGGUCCUCAACGAUUCCAUACUGCUAGGAAAGGCCGAUUUCAUGUUACAACAAUGCAAGAAAGCCAACCAUCUGCUGCUUCUAGCUUUACUAACACUCCUACUUCUCAAUUACCUGAUGUAAAAGGUUUAAGGGUCUGUACUUCUGCUGCUCAACUGCCUGAGGAUGUUUACCAUUCAGAAGACCAGAGGUGGCCUUUACCAUUUGAAAAUGAUGAAGAAUAUCGAGAAUUAAUGAUAAGGCAAAAAACAGAAUUAGCUGAAAUGCAAUUAAGGCAUAAAAAUGAGAUUGAACUUUUCCUACGUAAACAUGGAAUCCAUGUUGAAGAUUUUAUUAAACAUGUGAAUAAUGGACCAAUGUUGAGCCCAAUUCCAGUUACUUUGCAAUCUGUCCCAGGCUCUUUAGUAUCACCUUUACCAGUUGGAAGUAGUAGUAUUCCUCAAAUGGCUGUGAAUGUACCAAAGAGUGAGGAGCUGUUUUCAGCUGGUAUCUUGAAAUGUAUGGAAAACUUUACAAAACAAUCUAGGAAUCUUUCACCUGAUGUGCAAGGACCUUAUAGGUCCAUCUCACCAUAUUCUACUUUCAGGUCCCCUGUUCAAUCACAUUCUGAUAUGGAUCCCACCCCUUCUCAGUGGGAAGCAUCCUCAAAGGGACAGCAGUCUUUACAUCAUAAAGGUGAUGUAAGUUCUAAAUCUUCACAAGGAGACUAUUUUUCUGAAUUGCCAUCAGAACAUAUGGGAUCUGGUCCUCCAGUCCAUCAUUCAACUUCUGGGCACAGGGUUUCUGACUAUCAGCAACAGAGAGAUCAGAGUCACUCUUAUCAAAUGACUGAUGAACAAAACCAGGCACAGUAUGGCCAGCCAGUAUUAAAUAGAGUUCCAUUUCUCCGCCAGCCAUCAUUGUUACAGGGUUGGCAGUAUCCAACAACAAAUCUUGUCUCACAAGGAGCCACAGCUCCUACUAAAACUAGUUAUUCAGAACCAAUGUCAAAGAAAGACAUGUUGCAAUCUUCUAAAGAGCACCACCCCAAAACUCACCCUUCUCAGACAGAGGCUUUUGAAACAGUAAUUAGUAAGUCAACAGACCCAAAGACUGACAAUCCAAGUAAUAUGUGAUGCUACCACCACGUCUUUCUAUUUUCUUCUUGAAUAAUUGUAAAUAAAAUUUACUAAGAUUACCAUGUGAUAUUUACAGCGAGAACUAUAAAAAAAAAUUCUGAAUUCCAUUUUCACAUAGCUCUGUUUAACAAUUUUCUGAAUUCUUUCAGAAGAAAAAAAAAUGUUUGCUUUGUGCAGUAUUUUCUUUUGCAUUUCUCAAACUACUUAAAAAUGAAAAGGUAAAAUUGUC